AUGGACACACGCGGCAUCGAGGUCACGAAUCAGCUUCGGAGCGCCAUUCGCGCCAAGCUUAUGGAAUUGGGGGUCCGUUAUGACGAGGAAUUGCCUGACUACAUACUAGUAAUGGUGGUGAACAAGAAAUCCCGUCAACAGAUGCACGCCGAUCUAAAUCUGUUCUUGGAAAACUGCACGACCGUUUUUGUGGAUUGGCUGCACGAUCAGGUGCUGAAGAAAUUGCAGAAAGUUACUGUGGCCAAGAAGAAAUCAUCUCGUGAGUUUGUACCUACCGUGGUGGUGAAACAAGAGGAGGAGAGGAAGAAGAGGAAGAUAUCUGCAACUUCAUUCCUCGAGGAUCAAGCGGUGGAGCAGUCCUUAGUCGCAGUCGAGAAGCUUCCAGAUAAAAGUGUGAAGGGCGAUAAGCAACAACCGGCGCAGAAGCAGCAGACGACAAAAUCUUCUGUACCUAAUCCUAAUCAAAAUCCAGAACGAGAUCACAGCAAAAGUGCGGAGAAAAGUGUGCACGGCAAAAGUAAAACCGAUGAAGCGUCGUCGACGCAAGGCAGUGGAUCCUGUCAGGACUUUGCUUCGUCGAGAAGGCCGCAGCAGAGUUUCGGACGCGAGGAGAACACGAGGGAUGUCGUCACGCCAGAGAAUCCCGCUGCAAAGACCGUAGAUUCAUAUCGCGAUCCAAAAGCGAGCGAAGUACCAGAUAAGAGUUUGAAGAGAUCAUUGGAAGCGUCAAGUAAUCGUCAUGAUAGCACGGAGAAGAGGAGUAACGAGGCGAAGCGGGCGAAACCGUCCGACGAGGAGAAGGAGGACGCGAACGCGUCGUCAUCGUCUUCCCCGGAUACAGCAUCGAAGAAGCUCAAGUCUUGCGUAAACAAGCCAAGGAUUACGUCGGUUGUGUCGGUGAAGAACCGGCUUGGCGUGGUCUCGCCGCGAAAGAAGUUCGAGACCUACAGAGAAAAGGAGGGCAACGGUCGCUACCGCCCGUCGGACAAGCGAUUCGAGAAGCCACAUCGCUACGACAACGGACGUGGCGGAAAGGGCAGAAACUUCGAGAUGGAUGAUCGGAGCUCCAGGCGUAAUCGCGACGGUGACUCGUCACGACAUCAUGAAGUCGCGAGUAAAGUUAACGACGUGAGGAGUCGAAUAGAGAGCAAUAAGAGCGAGAGACUGAGCAGGAACAUGGAAUCUUCCAGAGAAAGAAUUUUGAAUUCGGGCUCCAAAACUGACACGUCCGUGAAAAAGUCUACGUGCACUAUUAAGGAUCGUUUGGGAAUCGCAGGUAUCAACAGCAAAGUCCAAAGACAGUCCGCUAAAUCGCAAGAGGCGGCGGAUUACAGUCGGAACAAUCCGAAGAGCUCGGAGCAAAUGGGAAACAAUAAGAAUAUCAAGGACAGACUCGGUCCAUUAAGGAAUAAUUUUAGGCCAGUGCAUAAGCAAAGACAGCUUCGUGAUAGCGAAGAGAACGAAUCUCUAGUCUCUCUGAACCUCGGUAUCGAGGUAGACGAAAGAGAGGAGGGAAAAGAGGACGAAGACGAGGCGGACAAUGAGCAAUCGCUAACUGGACCUGUGAAGUCGCAUAUAGUCGCGGUAAACAGAUCCGCGGCUUCCGCCACUGUGAGGCUCGAAAGAAAACGUAUGAAAACGUCGAACGAAAUUCCAUUCAACUUGACUCAGAGUACUAGCUACUCGGGACACGGGAACGCGAAAUCACAGCUGGACAAAGGGACGUUCAGCGAUGUGGACGAGGAUGCCGAUGAUGCGAAGCUGCCAAGCAAAGUGAUCGUCACGCCGAGACCUCUGAAGCCGCUGCAACCAACGCAAAAGCGCGCCACUCAAUCACUAUUGUUGCGAGCGGUCGCAGAGGCGAAUCAGUCAGUCGUCACGCAAAAGAAUCCAGAACCGUCUUUGUUUGACAAGAAGCCGGUCUUAAAACGUCUUAAACCUGCCCCGGCUCGUGAUGUAAGUCAAAACUUGUCGGUACAUUUUAAUUCUAGUAAGAGACUGGUUAUGGAAAAGAUUCAAGUCGAAUUAAAUACGGUAGAUCAUCUGGAUGUGGAAGACGUCGAGCACGAACCUUAUGUACCUCAAUCGGUAACGGACGAGCAUAUGGGAGUCGUGAUGUCGUUGUUCCAAAGGAGCGACGACAAUCAAAAAUUCUUAGUCACUUUAAACGGAUACAACAAUCUCAUGAGAGAGAAGAUCAGCUGCGAGGAUGACGAGGAACGAUUGGAAAUGGAGGUGAACGAGGACGACGAGCUUGCUCUGUUGACAACAAAUAACGAAACGACAACGACGGCAGCGACAACGGCGAAAGAUGAAUUGGAAAUGACUACAUUUAGAAUAACGGAUGGGACGGAAAAUCACGUGGAUACUAGCCCGAAAGAGACGAGCGGAGAGGAGAACAAUGAAAACUGCAACACGGAGAACGUGGACAAGAUUGACGAAGCGCCGCGUAGACGGAGAAAAUUGAGUCCUAUAGUGUACAAUAGAUCUCAUUCUCCUAGUCCCAUACAAUUGAAAUCCAGCGUGUCGCUGGUGCCGACGUUAGCCGCCAAACCCCCAGAUAAAAAGCCGUUGGUAGAAAAUGCGAUUCCGACCGUUUUGGACAAAUCCAGGGAGAAUUGUAGGUACUGGCCAAAUUGUACGUUAGGAAACAAAUGCGCGUACCUUCAUCCUCCUGUUCUGUGCAGUGCCUUCCCGGCAUGCAAGUUUGGCGAUAAAUGUGCCUACAAGCAUCCCAAGUGCAAGUUUGGUUUGUCCUGCACGAAGCUGGGUUGCGUGUUCUCGCAUCCCGCCCAACAGUGCAAGUAUCAUCCGUUCUGUACGAAACCGGCGUGCCCGUAUUCCCAUCCGGCUACUUCCGUUCCGGCAACGGAAACAACGAGUCAACGAGCAAAGUUUACUUGGCGGCGACGAGAUUGAGCGUAACUUCAAUGUACAAACCUGGGUAUGUUAUUUUGAUGGGACCGAGGUUUUGAUUUCUGAAAAAUGCGUACAGAUUAACGACGAUACGUAGCUUAAGUUGCGUAAAUUGACAUAAAGUUAUCGCAGCGGAGUUUAUUGUAUGAUUAAAGACCGUAUCUAAAAAAAAAAAAAAUUAGAAAAAUACAACAGUUUUAUCGGUGAUUUAUUACAUAAAUCUUAUUCCAAUCUUUUUAAAUAAUUUAAGAAUUCCAACAAGAUAGAAAUUUUUGAAAAGUCUUGAAUGAUGAAAAUUGUUUUAUCUCAAUAUUGAUAAUUAUAUAAAAUCAGAUUUAAAUUAUUAAAGCUUUAAUUUAGGAUGUUAGAUUGCCGAUUUAUAUACAUUAUAUAUAUACUUUCUUGUUGAUUAUCUAUCGCCUCUAGAUUUUAAGACCUCGUGCGCCGUCAGUUUGAACUGAGCGAUUUGCUGCCAUUCUUAGAUUAUAUAUUCUACUUAUAAUAUGAAGAAAAGGAUUUUAGUUUAGUUAACUAGGGCUAAGCGAUGUAAUUGGCCUUGGGGUGAUCUUAAAACGCGUUCUCCUUUAGAAUUGACCUCAUUAAGUCUUCUCUCGAUUUAUGUAUGUGGAUUUGUUUGAAAAUAUGUACAGCCAAUCGUUUCUAGUAUCAUUAAUAUAUACAUAUUGCUUCUGCAUAAAUAAUCGGGCAGAAGAUUUAAUAAUUGGAUCUGCUCUUUUUGUAAAUCUCCUGCACCUUUAUUUUUUAAUCAUCUUUUUUUUUGUUUCUACCAAAAUCUGUCGAAGUAAGAAUAUAUAUUUUACUUCAUAUAAGUUAGAAAAAUGCAAGAGGAUAUAAUUAGGGAGAGCAGAUUUAUAUUGUAUUGUUUUGCGAUAUUGUCGAGAGCAAUGUAACGACCUUUUCAAAUGAGAAUGCUCGUGUUGUUACGUUAUAGUGAUUAACUCUGUGUGCUCGUCUUAGGAUUACGGGCGAGGUCUCUAUCGGGAAUAUCUAUGUUUAUAAGUGCGAAUUGAACAGCCUCGCCGAACGACUUAAUCAGGUUUUGAGUGUGGACAAAAAGCAUGCGGUUGCUCUAUCAUGUGUGCCGUGCACUCGGUGCCGCCUCCAUAUUCGAGGUGAGGCAUUGUAAGAGUAUCAGGUACUCUACCAAACAGUUUAUUUAAUUUGACGAAUUGUAUAGGAUCUCGGGUGGUUCUGCAUUAUUUUAUCUAGUGCUAGUGAACGAUCGCGUAUGAGAUGUACAAUAUUACUGAGACUUGUCAUUAUCAGAAACAAAUAUACGAUGAUUUCUGUAAAACGCAGUUUCAAGAUUUUA